AUGCUUCAAGCUUCUGAUUUAGAUGGAGUGAAUGAAUGCACAGAAGAAUACGAGGACUCAUUAACUAGACCACUGAAUGCAGAUGAUGGCACGCCAUUAGCUAGAACAUGGAAAGACCAAACUUCAUUCUUAUGCACUAUUCCAGUUCAACGUGAUGGAGCGGGUAUAUUCUUUGAUGGAUUAGAAACUUUCAACUCACAAGUUACAGUACAAGUGAAAGCUUAUCCAAUCAUUCAGG